AUCCCCAAAAAACAAAAGGAGAAGAAGAACUGAAUUCAAAAAUCGGAUCUAACAGUCGCAGAAUAAGAACAUAGCUCAAUACAUAACCGAAGAAUCGAAAAUAGGUUCGUUCGAUUCUCCUCUUCGACGACUGAAAAUGUCCGGUCGCCACGAAAAAGAGAAAGGCGUCAACGUGCAAGUCCUCCUUCGUUGCAGGCCGUCUAAUGAAGAGGAGUUAAGAAACAAUGCGCCGCAGGUGGUGAAAUGUAAUGAGUACCAACGAGAAGUCGCUGUUUCUCAAAACAUUGCCGGAAAACAGUUUGACAGAGUUUUUACUUUCGAUAAGGUAUUUGGGCCAUCGGCACAACAAAAAGACCUAUAUGAACAAGCUGUGGUUCCAAUUGUGAAUGAGGUUUUAGAAGGUUUUAACUGUACUAUUUUUGCUUAUGGUCAAACCGGCACUGGGAAAACUUACACUAUGGAAGGUGAAUGCAAAAGGGCAAAGACGGGUCCUAAUGGCGAACUGCCAGCAGGGGCAGGGGUUAUUCCAAGAGCAGUUCAACAGAUCUUUGAUACAUUGGAGGGCCAGAAUGCGGAAUACAGUGUAAAAGUAACAUUUUUGGAACUGUAUAACGAAGAGAUUACUGAUUUGCUUGCCCCUGAAGAAAUUUCAAAAGUUAUUUUGGAGGAGAAACUGAAGAAACAGUUGCCAUUAAUGGAAGAUGGGAAAGGGGGAGUUCUUGUGAGAGGAUUAGAAGAAGAAAUUGUUACAAGUGCUAGUGAGAUAUUUACUUUGCUUGAAAGAGGUUCUGCUAAGCGUCGAACUGCUGAGACUUUGUUGAAUAAGCAGUCAAGUCGGUCACAUUCUCUUUUUACUAUUACAAUUCAUAUCAAGGAAGCUACGCCAGAAGGCGAAGAGCUUAUAAAGUGUGGGAAGCUGAAUUUGGUUGAUUUAGCAGGCUCAGAAAAUAUAUCCCGCUCUGGUGCUAGGGAUUGUCGUGCAAGAGAAGCAGGUGAAAUUAAUAAAAGUUUACUGACUUUAGGACGAGUUAUAACUGCCCUUGUGGAGCAUCUUGGGCAUAUUCCGUACAGGGAUAGCAAGCUUACUCGAUUACUACGUGAUUCACUUGGGGGACGGACAAAGACUUGCAUUAUAGCUACAGUUUCUCCUGCUGUCCAUUGUCUUGAGGAGACCUUAAGUACACUGGAUUAUGCGCACAGGGCAAAGAAUAUAAAGAAUAAGCCUGAGGUUAACCAAAAAAUGAUGAAAUCAACUCUUAUAAAGGACCUGUAUGGUGAAAUUGAACGCCUAAAGUCAGAGGUGUAUGCUGCUCGUGAAAAGAAUGGUGUAUAUAUUCCAAAAGAGCGAUAUUACCAAGAAGAAAGUGAAAGGAAGGCAAUGGCAGAACAGAUUGAAAAAAUGGGGGUCCUUCUAGAAACACAGCAGAAGCAACUUCAGGAAUUGCAAGAUAAGUACGUUGCCCAAGUUCAACAAUGCUCUGAUUUGAGUGGGAAACUUGAGAUGACUGAGAAAAACUUGAAUGAAACUGUCAAGUUGCUUGCCAACUCUGAAGAUGAACUGAAGAAGUGUCACUAUGUGUUGAAGGAGAAAGAAUUUAUUAUAUGUGAACAGAAAAAAGCAGAAAAUGCUCUGGCGCAUGAAGCCUGUGUGCUAAGGUCUGACUUGGAGAAAGCUCUUAAGGAUAAUGCUUCAUUGUUCCAAAAAAUUGGAAGAGAAGACAAACUGAACACUGAUAAUAGAGUAGUGGUUAACAACUUCCAGGCAGAACUAGCCCAACAAAUUGGUACACUUUACAACCUGGUGGCCUUAUCAGUGUCUCAGCAAAAUGAGCACCUUCAGAGUGUUGAGAAACUCUGUUGCUCCUUUACUGAUAUACAUGAUAAGGCUAUCUUGGAAAUGAAGAAAAAGGUGACAGCUGCAAGAGCUUUGCAUGUUUCCCACAUGGAGGCAGUCCAAAACAUAGUGCGAUUGCACAAAGCUAGCUCCAAUGCUGCCUUAGAUAAAAUUUCAUCUCUGGCUUCAUCAAAUGCACAUUCUAUUGAAGAGUUCUUUUCAUCUGAGGCCAGCAAAGCAGCUUCAAUGUUUGAUGAUCUUCAGCAUAGUCUUGCAACUCACCAGGGAGAAAUGACUGUUUUUGCAGAGGAAUUAAGACAGAGGUUCCAUGUUAGUAUUGAUCAAACAAAGGACAUUUCUGAUUAUGCCAAUGAAAUUCUGGAUAAGCUUUCAGAAGAGUCUGUGAGGGUUCAGAAUCAUGCUGUGCAAGCUGAUGAAGUUCAAAUGAAGAGCAUUUCUAGCUUUCAGAACGCUUAUGAGGAGCAAUCGAUGUCCGAUGCUGAGAAGCUUAUUGCUGAUAUGACAAAUCUUGUGUAUAACCAUGUUCGUCGGCAAAGAGAGCUGGUGGAUGCAAGACUUCUUGUUUUCAAAGAAAGCGCUGCUGUAAACAAAAUAUUUUUGGAUGGGCAUGUUUCCUCCAUGGAGGGUAUUACAACAGAUGCUAAACGAAAAUGGCAAGCAUUUGCCAUCCAGGCAGAGAAAGAUGCUAAAGACACUGCUGAUUACUCAGUUGCCAAACAUUGUCGUACCGAGGAACUCCUACAGCAUUGUAUGUCUGCUGCUGAAUCUGCAUUCAAGCACUACGAAAUUACUCAGGAAUCUGUGAAUGAGAUGGGUAGUAAACAUGUUUCAGAUAUGGUAUCACUUAUCAGGAAUGCUACUGAUUCAAAUGAGCAGCAUGAUGCCGAGAUUUAUAGUGCCCACGUUGCAGCUGAGCAAUAUCACUUGAAUAAUACUGAUGAUACACUUCAAUACAUUGAUGGAAUGUCAGAACAGGAACAAGGAAUUACACGGGGAAUCGUGGACUCAAUUAAAGCUCAUAGUAAAAGCCUUGAAACAUUCCAGGAUGAUCAUUCGAGUCAAGCUUCAUCGAUCAAGCAGAGAGCAGAAGAAACAUUCCAACAAAGAUAUAUGGAUUAUGAGCCAAGUGGAACGACACCAAUCCGAAGUGAGCAAGAUGUUCCAAGCAAAGGGACUAUUGAAUUGCUACGAGCCAUACCAAUGGAAGCUCUGGUCGAAGAAUUUCGUGAAAACAAUUCAUUCGAAUCAUUUGAGCCAAAGGAAUUAAAGCCAUCGUUAAUACCACGCCCACCCCUUCGUCCAAUCAAUUAAAACUGGUGGGGCUGGCGUCUUGUUUUGAUAUCUGUAUGAUUAAUGUAAACUGUUAUAAUCUGUCAUUUCAUGGAAGAUGGUAAAGAUGUAGCAGUUCGGAGGGUGUAUUUGCACGGUCAUAGAAGAAUAAUCCUUUCUCAGGAUUCUGCAAAUUUGGGAAUUGAAUGGAGAGAUGCAAACUAAGCCUAAACCCCACUCUUAGUUUAAU